AUGACGAUUUGUGCUGAGAUGAUCCUCAUCAUGGGAAUUUUGGUACGCGCUUCCGUGGGUGGCUGGGCAAUGCUUGGUGGGAGAGAAUCCAUGGAAAUGGUGGACGUUGACCCAGGCAGUCAUCAACUGAAAACACGGGCAACACGGGCAACACUGGCGCAGCAGCACAGCAUAAAAAGUAUACCCAUUGGGAAGUUGGAACCCCGCAGUUAA